UGUGUGGGAAAGCACAUCCAAACCAGAGUUCAAAGACAACGUCAGGAUAGAGAACAGAGCAACAGCGGAAAGAAGAGUCGUUUGGUACUCGACGCAGACCAAGUUUGCUAGGAAACUCGGUUGCUGCCGGCCGGCAGCUUGGCUGAUCGACCAUGGACAAGAUCCUGGCUUUCUCGAUCCUCAGCUCGUCACCGGCAGAGAUUGCUGGGGCCGGGUACGCCAUGCGGCUGUCCUGGCGGAGCGCCGGAGGAAAGCAGGCGACCGAGAAGAAGCAGCAGGAGGACAAAGUCGAGCGGAGCCCACGGGCAGAGAGGAAGCAGGAGGCGAGGCCGGCAGGGUUUGCGCCGGAGUUCGACGAGCUCAACUGCUUCGAGUAGAUAGUAUCCUCUUGAGUGGGUCGCUGGCUGUCUCCGAGUAGUUUUUCUCCUUUUUCACUUCCCCAUCUGCUACUUUUUUUACGUUUGGUUGAUUAUUGACCAAGAGACUUACCAUGUCCACAGCGAGAGAAUGAAUGACCUCACAAUCACACAGUUGUUUGAUUUACUGACGCCUUGUA